AAAAAACUGAGGGUGUACUCCAUGAGUUGUGGUGAACCUCUUCAAUUUUAACAGAUCACAAUAAGUCAAUAAUAAAUCAAUAUGUGCACGAAAAAAGAUAUUUGUGACAAACAAUAAAAAGAUGAAAAGGGUAAAGUAAUAGAGAAAUACGGAGUAGGAAAGAACCGAGGCAAAUGACUGGUAAUUCGUAAGUUCGUUACAUUUCUAGAACGAGCGUUUACAGAGGAAGAGAAACAGUGAACCCAAAUUCCAAAUUCUUCCAACAACAUCAGAAUCUCCCAAUUUGUCGAUUCUAUAACUAGAUAUUUGAUUGAUUUUGCUAUUAGUAAAGAGGAAAAGAUGUUUUUGGGGCGUACCCACGGUCUUCCGGUGUAUAGCUCACUGAAUGAUGUGUUGUAUCCAGACCACGAAUCAGAAGCAGAUGAGGACGAAGGAGGAGGUAGCUCUAGCCAAAUUUUAUAUAUGGCUUCCUUUGACGAACUUGCAGAGAAUUACAUUAACUAUGAAACUAUCAUAUGGCUUUCAAUAUCGUUAGUGUUGGUUUUAGCUUGGGGAGUUGGGGCUAUUAUGUUGCUUUUUUUGCCCAUUAGAAGAUAUGUGCUUCAGAAGGAUAUUUUUUCACGAAAGCUGUAUGUUACGCCAGUUGAAAUUGUCUACAAGGCAUCUAGACCAUCGUAUGUACCCUGUUGGAAAAUGGUGACGACGGAGACACGAGUCCCUUUGUCCUUGGUGAUUGAUAUAAUUAUAGAACAAGGUUGCUUACAGUCUGCGUUUGGUAUACACACCUUCAGAGUGGAGAGUAUAUCUUGUGGUAAGGCUGCUCCUGUGGAUGAACUGCAGAUCCAAGGAGUAUCUAAUCCAGGACUUUUGCGGAAGGUAAUUAUAACAGAAGCUUCAAAGGUUAUUCGAGAUGCUGGAAAGAAGAUGAACCUUAUGUCAUCUUUGAAUCAGAGACUUGCUUCUUCAAGACCACCAUCCAAGAAGUGGAAGGCUGAAAAUUCUUCGUCUAUUGUGCCUACGGAGCACAAAGGAAUGGUUUCUGAAGAGCUGUUUUUGAGUAAACUGGACGAAGUGGAUCAAUCUGUUAAGAAAAUUGAGUUUCUUAUCGACAAAUCCCGAAUCUCACCAAAGUUAGCUGAAAGAUGUGAAGAUGUUGCUCCGAGUUUGUAAGCUUUCCUCAUCCAUGUUCGGCCAACUGUAAGUUGAAGAGAGUUAAAAGUGGAAGGUGUAACCAAUCUUCUGUGUUUAUUAACGUUGAAGAUCGUUCUUGCAGCCUACAGGAUGUCAGAUAGAUACGAGUAUACGACUUGUGUCUGCACUGUGUAUAUAACUAUAUACUGGUACAUUAUUGUGGCUUAUGCCUUUACACAGGUUUUGUAUUAAUGCUUAUCGAUGUUUACACCACCAGGCAUAGAUGAGCCUCAAUUGUCUAUCAACUAGUAUAAUGAUCUACUUUGUCAUUAUAGUGUCUUACUCGCUUUAUAUCAUGAACAAUCCAGAAAGUCCGCGUAUCCAUGGUUGUUUAACCACUCGCUUUAUUCCAUAAUUAUUCCAGAAAGUUGUAGAAUCCCCGGUGGUUUCACCCUCUUAUACCACGAAGUUAAUGUUAAGUUAAAUGUUUAAGUUACAAGUUUA